GACCCAGCACGCGCGAUCCCGAGCCGCGCCGCAGCCUCCAGCUGCUCGUGUUUACAAGCGCCGCGCGCUGCAGCGCACCGGGCGCUCUCUGACCUGCAACCGACAUACACCCUUCGUUUAUUAUUCAGCGCUGUGAAUUUUUAACUUUGCGAACGACCGACGAUAGAGCAUGGCGGCGUGAAGCACCACUACAGGCACGGCACACAGCGGUCGCAGAGCCUCAACCGCGGGCACUCCCUCUCGCGAACCGAUGGCACCUGGUGACAUCACGGGACCGCGGGCAGCAUAGUGCAGUGCGCUGAGUGCGGCACGCGCAGUAUGGGCAACAAACUAUCGUCGUGCUCGUGCGCGCCAAUCCUGCGCAAGGCGUACCGCUAUGAAGACAGCCCGUGGCAAAACUCGCGUCGCAGAGACGGACAUCUGCUCAGACUGUGGGCGGAGGUGUUCCACGUGUCAGCGAGCGGCGCCGGCACUGUGAAGUGGCAGCAGGUGUCUGAAGACCUGGUGCCUGUCAACAUCACCUGCAUCCAGGACUCGCCCGAGUGCGUGUUCCACAUCACCGCUUACAACUCGCAGGUCGACAAGAUCCUCGACGUCCGGCUACUGCAGCCUGGCACGCGCAUCGGUCAGGCGUCGGAAUGCUUCGUCUACUGGAAGGACCCGAUGACCAACGACACUUGGGGCCUCAACUUCACCUCGCCCAUCGACGCCAAGCAAUUCCGGGAGUGCUGCUCACCAUCAUUCAAAUUCUCACGCAAGGCUUCGUCGAGCUACAGCCUGAAGUUGGAGCCUCCUGGCAGCAAGCAGAAGUUCAAGGCCAAGAGGAAGCCGCUCUCCACGCCGGCCAGCCCCAAUCGAUCGAGUUUAACCUACGGCCGCGAGCCGCAAUGCACAUGUAUGACCCAAGAACAAUACGCCCGUCUGAGAGCACAAGACCCCCGUUAUCGUUCAUCGACACUUCCGCGCACGACGACCCGCGCCAUCGAGACGGACGCCGCCGCCAGUAGCGGCACAGCCGGCAGAACUGACAAGGUGGCUGCAGCCACUUCCUCCACCUCGCUCUAUGACAACGUCACUAACUCACAGCCCGCACAUCAGCCGCCACCUAAACCGGCAGCUCGUCAGACCGAGUCUCAGCCUCCGACCAGGCCGCCGAAGUCCCAGGAGACUUCCACCAUGACCACCAACACUUCUACGGCUCCCAAGACUGUCACCGCCUCAGUUGGCACACAUGGAACUAGUACCAGCGAAGAAUCCCAGGCAGCAUCCGGGGCAGCCCAGCACGGGCAAGACCUCAAGUCGGAGGGCGUGCAGGCGGGCGGCACUCUCACCUCCUCCAAGUCUUCUGCCACCUCCACGCGCUCUGGCAAGGAACACCUCCAGCACAUGCCUAAGAGCAUUGACUACGGAGACGGCAAUGACUCGUCUCGUGAAUCGGACAGACAUUCGAUGCACCACCACAACGUCAUCAACAACAACACUUCAGGCUCUCGCCGCACGAAGUCCAAGAGCACUGAAGAUAUGAAUAUGGAUUCGAGCACUCUGAAGCGCAUGCUAAAGCCAAUGCCGUCGACGGAAAGUCCAGUGACGUCACCGGAGAUGGGGCGCAGGCGCUACGGCGGCGCGGCGCCCUGCCCGCCGUCCUGCGGCGCCCACGGCCGCCACGCGCCGCACGCGCACCACCCGCACUACUCGCACGUUGUCAACAACAACAGCCGGCAGAGCUCUCAACGGCGCGGCGUGGGCGUGGGAGCCGCCCCUAGCGGGUACCCCGGCCGUGGACUGUAUCUGGAGCUGGGUGGGGGCGGUGAACGUGACAUGUCGCCCCCUUCGGACAACGUCAUGUUCGACAACCAAUGCUACGCCACCACGCCGUCUUCCUCCAAUGGCAACUCCGACCAGGAGCCGUGCCAGCGCCGCGACCGCGAUCGUGAUCCGAGGCAACAUCAUCAUACGAAGCCCUGCCUCUCGCGGCAGGCGUCGCAGUCGAGCGCCACCCCAGCGCCAGGGUCACCCACCUCGCGGCUCCUGCUCGAGUAUGAGAUGCACCUGCGCAACACGUUGGCCAAGGGCAUGGAUGCUGAGAGCUACAGCCUGCAUACCUUCGAGGCUUUGCUCAGUCAGAGCAUGGAGGACUUAGAAUACAACGACAACAUGCCGGCGUCUAAUCAACGAAGCCCCUACCCAUCUAGGCGACGGCUGACCCAAGAAUCCAUUCAGCACUAUUUAAGACAUCUUAAGGAGGCUGCCAUAAGGGAUAGAGACUCUAUAAUGACGUCAGGUCCAGCGUCGCAGUGCUCUGGUGGAGGCAGUCGCUCGUCGACGUUGCCCCUGCCGCACCGGCUAGGAGUCGAGCGGCAGCAUAGCGCGCGGUCUGACCGCGAUGGAUAUUACAGUGAUCGUAACGAGCUGAUGAGGGAACGGGAGAGGGAGAGAGACCGCGGGUACUUGAGUGAUCAUAACUCAAGGGAUCGUGUGCGGGACAGAGAUCAAGGAUACUUGAGCGACCAUCAAUCAAGUUUCGUGAGCGCGGCGCGUUGUGCUUCGUGCAUCGGGGAGUCAGCACGAGCAGCGUGGUACCGUCACUCGGACGGCUGGCGCGGCGCCGCCCCUCCCCCCGGCCCGCGUCGCUCCCCCUGGGACUCCCUACCCAGCCUGCGGCACGAGGGCAGCCUCCACGACUCUGGUUACCGGAGCAACCGAGCCGACAGCUUUGAACAGCGGGGCGUGUUCGACAGGCAAGACAGCGUGCGCUCCGAGUACACCAGCGACCGCGAGUCCUCGCGCUAUGGCAUCGUGCAGCAAGCAUCCAUUGACAGCACCGAUUCCAGGAUUUGCUACCUAACUUCUAGUGAGAUUUCUGACGAUGAUCGCAUGUCAUUGACGACGGCGGUGUCGGACGAGGACGAGGCUGGUGAGAGCGCCAUGAACUCCCCGUACAAGGGCAAGCAGACCGGCGCGGCCGCCGCUUCCUUCAACUGCACUGGAGCUGUCAGGAAGGCUGGGUUCCUGAGUGUGAAAAAGUGGCUACUACGCAAGAAGCACCAGAUCGAGCUGGCUCGCAAGCGCGGCUGGAAGGGCUACUGGGUGUGUCUGAAAGGCACCACGCUGCUGUUCUACCCGUGCGACUCACGCGAGGGCCGCUCCGUCGAGGCGGCGCCCAAGCAUCUCAUCAUCGUCGACGGUGCCAUAAUGCAGCCCAUCCCCGAACACCCCAAGCGUGAUUACAUAUUCUGUCUGAGCACAGCUUUCGGCGACGCUUACUUAUUCCAAGCGCCGUGCCAAGUGGAGCUCGAGAACUGGGUGAACAGCAUACAUAGUGCAUGCGCGGCAGCGUUCGCGCGCCACCGCGGCAAGACCGGGACGCUUCACCUGCUGCAGGAAGAGAUUUACCGCCUCGAGAAAGCAAUCGAGUCUGACCACAAGCUGAAGCACAUGGCGGACCUGCAGCAGUCGGUGGUCUCCGAUCCGGACACUCGUGCGCAGCUGUCCGUGCAGAUGCUGCAGUGGGAAGAGAACCUCGAGCGGCUACACUGUGAGCAGUUCCGCCUGCGCUGCUAUAUGGCUAGCCUGCAGAGCGGAGAGUUGCCUAACCCUAAGUCGUUGUUGACCCACGUGUCUCGCGGCACGAAGAGCACGCUGAACAAGCUGGGUGUGUUCACGGUGUCGUCGUUCCACGCGUUCAUCUGCGCACGCUCGCCAUCCCUGCUCAACAACCUGCUGGCUGGCCGGGGAGCCACCAAGCGCAGGGCGCCCAACCUCUCGCGCUCCAACUCUGGAUCCAGUCGGCGGUCCAUGCAGAUGUCACGAGACGAGGGCGAGGCGGCGGUGCGUGUGUCGUUGCCUGAGGGCACGACGGCGACGGUUGGCGUGCGCGAAGGCAUGUCUGUUGAAGAGUUCCUGGCGUCGGCAUGCGCGCGCCGCACGCUGAACCCACUCGAACACUUCGUGCGCGUCAAGAAACGCCGCGACAUGGAAGACCACAACUACUUCGUGCCACACCGCAGCGACCUCAUCGAAACCUACUUGCAUACACACGAAGUGGUGGAAGUGUGUGCAAAGAUCCUGUAUCAAGUGGAGCUGCAGCGGUCGACGCUGGAGCAGAUGUGGGGCUUCAGCGUGGAGGCCGAGCUUAUCGAGAACGCCGAGCGACAGGACGAGCUGUGCUGCUACGUCAGCCGCGUCGAGGACAAGAGCGUCGCCAUGCAGAACGGCAUAAUCAAAGGCGACGAGAUAAUGGUGAUCAACGGAGCGAUCGUAUCUGACCUAGAUAUGAUGUACUUGGAGAGCGUGCUGCAAGAGGAACUCUCCCUCGUCAUGAUGAUGAGGUCGUCGCGGACGGAGCCGCCAGAGCUGAGCGGCAUGAUGCGCGCAGCCACCGACGACAUAAUCGAUUCGCUGGUGUGCCCGCCGCCGCCGAGCGAGCCGCCCGCCAUCUCCGACGACAUGAUAUCCGGCCUCAUCGUGCCGGCACCUGCCUGGAGUAAGGAGCUGUACAGCCCGGAGGCAGAUGCGCACGGCGACGUGUCGGGCCCGCCCAAAGUGAGCUCGCGCACCAACUCCUUCGAGAUCGAAAACCUGCUCAAGAGUGCGGAGCAAGUGACCGGGUGGUGCCGGUCGCCGGCGGACACGCGGCGCGGCAGCCCCACCGGCAGCGUCGCCAGCGCCGCCGCCACGCCCUCGCGGCACCUCUCCGACGCCGACAAGCUGCGCAAGGUGCUGCUCGAGCUCGUUGAUACCGAGCGCGCAUAUGUCAAGCACCUCAACAACCUAUUGGAGAACUACUUAGAACCAUUGAAGAAGGAAACUUUUUUAUCGAAUGCCGAGAUCAACGCUCUCUUCGGAAACAUUCAGGAGAUAGUGACUUUCCAGAGGCAGUUCUUACAAAACUUAGAGGAAGCGCUCGAGGUAGAGCCUAACUUCCAUCAUUUCGAAUUCUCCAAUCAAUUUAAGAAUGUCCUGUUCGCUGUGGGGAACGCUUUCCUUUAUUACGUCAAUCAUUUCAAGUUAUACAGUUCUUUCUGUGCGAGUCACAGCAAAGCGCAGAAAGUUUUGCAUCCAAAUGAAGGUAAUCAAGCGCUACAAGAGUUUCUCGCUGCAAGGAAUCCAAAACAACAGCACUCAUCCACUUUGGAAUCGUACUUAAUUAAACCGAUUCAAAGGAUACUAAAAUAUCCUUUACUUCUUCAACAAUUGAGAAACUUGACUGAUGUAAAUUCGGAAGAGCAUCUUCAUUUAGUGGAGGCUUUAAAGGGAAUGGAGAAAGUUGCUGAACACAUCAAUGAAAUGCAACGAAUACAUGAAGAAUAUGGUGCUAUAUUUGAUCACUUGUUUAGACAACACCAAAAGUCUUGCAAGCAACCUAUAGAUCUAAGUCCUGGGGAUUUGUUAUACUACGGUGGUGUAGAAUGGUUAAAUAUUUCAGACUUUUUAGGAAAAAUAAAGAAGGGAUUGGAAUUGCAUGCUAUGUGUUUUGUAUUUAAAUCAGCUGUUGUCUUCCUUUGCAAAGAAAGACUGAGACAGAAGAAAAAACUGAUGGGAGUAUCAUCGAAGAACAAUUCAAACGAAGUAGAGAUAAUUCGAUAUCAAGUUUUGAUACCGGUGACAGAGGUUCAGGUUCGAGCCUCGUCUGCCAAGGACAUGGACAGUCACUUCCUAUGGGAACUUAUACACUUACGAAGUCAACUUCAACGCCGCUCUGAGAAAGUAUACGUGCUCUCGAACAGCACGGCGGAUUUCCGUAACGCGUUCUUGAAGACGAUCAGACAAAUCAUCCGGGAGUCAGUGCGCAACAUGUCGCUGCCGACCACAAGGCCUGCGCCCGCGCCUCCCCGCGCGCCGCACACGCUCGACCGGCCAAAACACCAGGUGCACGUAAUGCAAGGAUCUCAGACUCUCGGCAAAACGAAAAAACCUAAGACUUCAGGGCAACGGUUAUCGGCUGGCAAUAUUGAGGUGGGUGACCUAUCAAGGGAGAACUCUCAAGAUGCCGAUGAACCGCCGACGGAGGCGUCCGCCACCGAGCCCUUCCGACACAGGAGUAAGACCCUGGGAGACGCCGCGGAGACUAGCGCCAAACGCGCUCCGCCGCCGCCCCCACCCGACACUGACAAGUCCGACGGAGGCUCCAAGUCUGAAGGAGAAGACGAGCCCCCACAACCACCCGCCAAGCGAGGGUUAGGCAGAACUCCAAACCACCUCACACUAAGCACGACGUCCACCCUCAGCGCCGGCAGCACGGGUUCCCAGGCGCGGCUCAUACAGUCGUCGCACCAGCCCACGCAGUAUCAACCCACCAUGGUCAAGGAAUUAGGAUCGCCGGUGUGGAAACCGCGCGACAUGUUGGGUGAGGCGAGCGCGAGCAGCGGCGGCGCGGCGGCGCCCGCGGCGCCCACCACGCUGCCGCGCUCGCAGCGGCCCGCGCCCCGCGCGCACCACCUCUCCGCCAGCCGCAAGUCACUCGCGCCCGACCACCGUCACUAGUCGCCGCGCCGCACGCCCCGUGCCUCGCAGCCCAAUGCUGAACCCACUCUCCCGCCCCAUCGCCCACCCUCUAGCUUCGCUACUAAGAGAAAGUUGCGAACUACUCCACGUAAUCCUGACUCUACCUACCCUUUCCUUUGAGUUUUACUUUCUAUGUAUUUUCCAUUUUAAUUGCGUCUUGAAGCGUGCUUUUACUCCUUGAGGUAACAUUGUCAUGUUACCGUAUUUGAUUUGUUGCCAACAUAGGGUGUUUGCGCUUGGGCGCAAUGGAAUCUAACCUGUUAGACUUGCCGAUACGUUUUCCGACCGAUUGGCUAAACACUGUUAUUAGGUGUCGUCGUCGUGUGACGCGAUUGAUAAAUAAAUGUCUAAUCAUUCGCUACGCGCUUAUCCUAAUUCGGCACAACCCUUCCUUCCUUAAUGUCGUAAACAUAACCGUAAUUAAAAUUAAGGAAAGUGAAAGCUAUGUAUGGAUACUUGGUUAGAAAUGUCAUUCAUCUGAAAUGACAAUUGUAAAUUGAUUUGAUCAAAUAGCAGCUACACCAUUCAUCAUUUCUACUGUACUAGUCAAUGCUCAAGAAAGUUUGGAACUUUACAGAGCUCAAUAUAAUUUUAUUUUUAAAAGCUCAACAUUACUUUUAAAUCCAUUUUUAUUCCUUGAGUAUUAGGUACACUCAAAAGUUCACACUUAUUUUGGUUAAUUUCUUCAAUUCUCUUACCUACCUCGAACUGAAUCAAAUUGUGCCACAGUGCGUACUGCACCUUUUUCUUCCACGUCUUUGCAUGAUAUGAUAACACGAUAUGUCAUCAAAAUGUUAAUAUUAACUGGUAGUUUUAAGUUUGAUUUAUUAAUAAACCUACUUAGGAACAACCAAAAGUAGGUCUGUAUAAUAAUAUAAUUAAUUCAAAUGUAAUGACAAUAUCAUUAAUGUCAUAACCAUUAUCGCCUUUACAUGUCCCGGUUGGAAAGUUUUGAACCCGUAACUAUGUUGAAGGCGUCAAGAUUAGACUUGAUAUUAUUAUGUCGCAUCGCAUAAAAAUGUACAAGCGAAACCCGUUUAGAACCAUCACUGGAAGUUAAAAAUAUGUGCAGAACGUAUUCGAUAUGACAAUAGAGAUAAAAUAUUAUAUUCUGGGGUAAUUUAGGCCCUUGCAAAAUAUAUAUAUAUAUAUGUACGUAAUAUUAUGAAAAACUUUCUGUAAAAAAUACCACUUUCAUUUGGAAUUCCUUUUCCGUACACUUAUAAGAAGACUUACAUUUCUACAUGGACUUCUGUGCCAAAUUAGGUACUCUCUAUACCUAUGCUUGUUAUUAUAGUCACCGUCAACAUUGCUAAAUAAAUAUAUCGUGAAAGUAGUUAGCUGUAAUGUACUUGCGUUAUUUUUCGUCACGUUGGCAACGCAAUACUCACUUCACUACCCUAUAGUUCAAAAUGCACUCACCCUAUGGAAAGUACACUAGGUAGUUUUGAUAAUAAUUUCUCUUCGUGAUCAAAUUCGAAAGUUCUAUCAUAGGCUAGGCAAAUGAUAUAACAUGUAACCUACACGUUUAAGUUUUAUAAUUUACUUGAUGGAAAUAGGGAUAAUAAUAGUAUGGUUAUUGGUUUGAUGUAUUAUAUGUAAAUUUGUUAUUUGUAUCGGGGUGCAGUUGUAAGCUGAACGACGUCACAGUAGUAGAGUCAUCGGGUUGAUUGUUGGCUCUUGAUAUCACUAAUGUUUUUAUAAUGUGCUCGUAUAUCAUUCUGCUAUUACACAUGCAGUAUGCGCUUAAUGAAUAUGCAUAUUAACUGGACACAUGAGUACUAAUCAUAACAACACAUAGUGGAUGGUAUUGUAUGCUAAAUGCCGACAUACUAACGGCUUAGAUGUGACAUUGGCUAGGUAAACAAGCGCAUAAUGCGAUCUGAUCAUUAUGACAAUGUGAUGGCAAAUAACUGGUAAUGAAUAUGACUAGUGACGAGUUUUAACAUUUCCUACGCCUUGGAACAUAUCACCGGUGGCGACCCUCGUUCAGCCCCUACACUCUCCUUUGAUCUCACAAAGUUUAGUUCUAACACCUACUUUACCGCCACCUACGAUAUUAUUGUAUAUUUAAUAUUAUGUAGAUGAUAUAAUUAUUUAUCAUAGAGACACACAUUAUACUUUGAUCUUUACGUAUUGUUUAAAAGAUUGUUUUGUGAUUUAUUGAAAUAAAACCUGUUUAUUAAUAUACAUAUGUUAAAAUAUUCGAAUUUAAUAAUUACGAACUUAUACAAUCAAUUUAUAGAUAUUAUUAUACUAAGAAAAUAUAAUUAAUAAAAUGAAUAAACAAAUAAUGGUGAAAAGUGAAAUGAAGGAUGAGCUCAUUAAUUGCGAUUGUAUUUCAUACUUCAAUGACAUUUGAAAGUAAUGUAGGGAAAUGAAUGAAUAUUUAGAAAGACUUAUUGAAGUAAAAUACGAAGGUAACUAAUGUUAUAAUAAGUAUUGAACUUUUAUAAUUUGAUGUCGUAUGGGUUGCGAGUUGCGUUUACGUUUUUGUUGAGUUUAAUGUACGUUAGUGUGUUAUAGUAUGAUAUAUUUCUGUACUCUACAUCGCAGGUUGUAGACCAACUGCUUCGAAGCACUAAAGAGCUAAUAAAAUAAAAAUAUUAUAAAAUUGGCGUGCACUGAAGCCGUAAAGUCUGUAUAAAAACAGGUAUUUUCGGAAAGUUACCAUUAGCGAUAACGGUAUAAGUGUCGUUUUCAAAUAACAAAUACCUCAAAGUUUACACACCCAUGAAAUUGUUAGUGCUUAGAGGUUUAGUGUUUAGUUUGGAAUUAUUUUUGACGGGCUCUUUGAUUCUCUUUACUUCACUAAGAUGCCUAAAUUUGAAGUGCCUUCACAUAUUUUUGGAAAGUAAAGUGCACGUGUUGCUUCCUAGUCUGUGGUUCUGCACCUCGGAGUGGUUGGUCUGCGGCCAAAUAAGGAAUACAGCUGUCCUUUAGUGGCUUCCAACACGGUUAUUCUAAUUUACAAUGGAUGUAUCUACCUAUUGUUUUUCUAAGUAUCUAUCGAUACGUUAAAUUUUGUGACACUUACGGAUAUUACUUUUUAUUGCUUAUGAA